GGGUGCAGCUGAUAGAGCAGCAGGCAGAGGGCUUGUUCUGGGGAGCUGGAGAGCCUGGGCGAGGUUGUAGCCACCACCAACAGGUCUGAGGCACACAAAAUGCGUGAAAUCGUGCACCUGCAGAUUGGCCAGUGUGGGAACCAAAUUGGAGCCAAGUUCUGGGAGGUGCUUGGAGAGGAACAUGGGAUCGACAUCACUGGGAACUACCGUGGGGAUUCACCACUGCAGCUGGAGCGAAUUAACGUGUACUUCAAUGAGGCUUAUUCCCAUAAAUACGUGCCCCGUUCCAUCCUGGUGGACCUUGAGCCUGGGACGAUGGACAGUGUCCGGUCCAGCAAAAUUGGCCCCCUCUUUCGACCUGACAACUUUAUCCAUGGUAAUUCAGGUGCUGGCAACAACUGGGCCAAGGGCCAUUACACAGAGGGUGCUGAACUGAUUGAAAACGUCAUGGACGUGGUCAGGAACGAGUGUGAGAGCUGUGACUGCCUUCAGGGAUUCCAGCUCAUCCAUUCCCUUGGCGGUGGCACAGGCUCGGGCAUGGGGACACUCCUCAUCAACAAGAUCAGAGAGGAAUAUCCUGACAGGAUCAUGAACACCUUCAGCGUUGUGCCCUCACCCAAGGUAUCUGACACAGUGGUGGAGCCAUACAACGCCAUCCUCUCCAUCCACCAGCUGAUAGAGAACACAGAUGAAACCUUUUGCAUUGACAACGAAGCUCUGUAUGAUAUAUGCUUCAGGACAUUAAAGCUCACCAAUCCCACCUAUGGGGACCUCAACCACUUGGUGUCCCUAACGAUGAGCGGUGUCACUACCUCGCUGCGUUUCCCUGGCCAGCUGAAUGCAGAUCUACGGAAGCUGGCGGUGAACAUGGUGCCCUUUCCUCGCCUGCACUUCUUCAUGCCCGGCUUUGCCCCGCUGACAGCUCGGGGCAGCCAGCAGUACCGGGCCCUGACGGUGCCAGAGCUCACCCAGCAGAUGUUCGAUGCCCGGAACAUGAUGGCAGCCUGCGAUCCUCGCCGUGGGCGCUACCUCACCGUCGCCUGCAUCUUCAGGGGCAGAAUGUCCACCAGGGAAGUGGAUGAGCAGCUGCUGUCUGUCCAGACCAAGAACAGCUCCUACUUUGUGGAGUGGAUCCCUAACAACGUGAAAGUGGCCGUGUGUGACAUCCCACCGCGGGGGCUGAAGAUGGCAGCCACGUUUAUUGGCAAUAACACGGCCAUCCAGGAGCUCUUCAUCAGGGUGUCUGAACAGUUCUCGGCCAUGUUCAGAAGGAAAGCCUUUCUCCACUGGUACACAGGGGAAGGCAUGGAUGAGAUGGAGUUUUCUGAAGCAGAAGGUAACACCAAUGACCUUGUGUCUGAGUACCAGCAGUACCAGGAUGCCACUGCAGAUGUGGAGGAAUUUGAAGAGGUAGAAGUGGAAGCAGAAGCCAAGCCAGAAAAGGAAGCAGAGUAAAAAGUAUCAAAACAUUCUCUGAACGAGCCCAUUCACAUUCACUAAAGACAAAGCAAUAGCCAUCAUACCCAAAAUAACACAUUUCUUCGGAACUUUUUCUCUGCAUCCAGCCAAAUAUAUCUGAUUUUACAACACACUGCUAUUGAAAUUAAUGGCAGCUCUGUUUGACUGUCUUAAACAACUGUUGACACCGAAUCUCUCCCAAAACCAAUCCACUAUGAAGACACGUUAUCUCAUACCAGUCUUUCCUGUAAAUGGAUUCACUUUUAGGAUAUAAUCACCAGAUACUGAAUGUACUAUACAGCCACUGUGCCUGUGUAUAUAGAUCAGGAUCAUAAGCAAUAGCAAAAUAUGCUGUCAGCUCAUCACAUUUAUUUAUUCUCAGGUAAACAGUCCCUGCUGAUUGUGAACUUGUUACUGUUUUAGGAACACGUGCACAUCUCUAAGGCCUGCAAAGGCAGUGACUCUUUUAUCACUCCACAGACUGAUGUGGAUCUGCAGAAACAACAGGGGGCAAAUGACUGAAUAUGCACAUUCUUAUAAGUAGUCUAGUUGUUCUAUCACAUUGCUGGCUUAUAUUAUUGCAGAGCUUUAUUCAUUAUCAUAGUGUGAUUUGUUUCUAUUUCUAACUACAGGUUGAGUUACAUUAGCACACUAAGUUGUGACACUGUGUAAAAGUUUUGGUGUGGUAUUUUUUUUUUUUCUAGGUACUAACUACUGUAAAUUUUUUUCCUAACAUUCAGUACAACAAAAAUGACAUAGAAUGGUUUGUAGUUUAUUAAUAUAAAUUCUAUGGCAGUCACUAAAACAAAACUGUAUUUUGCCUUUGGUGAAAAACAUUUCUUACCAUCACAGCUGCCUAUUUAACAAUGUAUUUAUAAUAUUCUUUUAAAUAAAGAUCAUAUACCAUUCUAUGAAAGUUUUAUACUUGAAACAUUUGAUAGACAAACCCCCAUAGUUUAUUUGUGCAAGAACUAACUUUGAAUGAUAUUAAUUAUACUCUUAGAUGAAAAGGUUUGUUGUACUCUGAAGAAAGUAAUGCUUCAUGUUUGAGUUCAGUCUUGGUGAAGGAAUCUGAAGCUAGCUGUCCUGUGUAGUGGGACAAUGUCGUUCCUGCUAUGAGGAUACACAGCAGCAGGAAAAUGCAGAAAUUUCCCCCAAAACCACAUAGCCUGAAGUGCAUCUUCCCAGCCAAGAGAAGUGUCCCCCUCCAUCCCUGCUUCCCAGGGAACGUGUGUCCCUCUCCAUCUCCUCCCUGUCUUGACAGUGUUAAUGAGGAUAAACAAUUCAGAUUCCCCUGUUUCCUUCUCCAUUUCUUACAUGACACCAGGUCUCCCAAUUCCUGAUUCACUGUCUCAGACUUGGAGAUUAGAUCCCCAGCAGCACAUCCAUGGCACAAUUGUCCUGCUUCCAGUUUUCAGAACUAUAUGCUAUAUUCUCUGUUAAUACAGAUUUUAGCCAGGAUUUUUUUCAAAGUAAUCAUUACAAUGAAGUAGGCAGUAAAGUUUUAAAAAACAAUCAAAUCUCUCACUCAUUUAUGUACCUGAAAUAUCAGCAUGAAACUCAAAAAGAGAUUUGGCUUAAAAAUAAACAGUGUUGCUACUAAAUGUCCAGACUGUACUAAAGGCAGUC